CAAAACAACGCAAUAAGUUCUGUUUUGCACUACUAUUGUGAAUUGAAUCGCGCUGAAAACUUUGUGCGUGGAAACUACACGCCGUGUGCUUUAUUGUGUUUAUUGUGAGGGGGCUACUAGAGGAAGAACUUUAAAAUGGGUCGUCUGUUUCAAUACAAUCGCUUCGGUGCUACGGACAGUGCCAAUAAACGCAAAAAGGAUACACAGAAUAAAACCAAUAGCAAGGCAAAAUUGCUACGCAAUGCUGCCCUCAAUUGCCCGGCCUACUCGGACAUUUACAGCGAGUACAACAAUGGUGCGGAUGCAGCAGCAACAACAACAGCCAGCAAGAAUCUCAACUUGGCCUUCAAGAAGUGUCAACAAUGGAGCAACAAGCUGCAAAUGUUGGAUGAGAACCAACAGCCGCAGGAGCCACAAAAUGCGGCCACAACACUAAGUCGCACGCACAAGGUCUACGAUAGCAUGAAGGACUUUCUGCGACGCAAAUUGUUUGCACAGCCUGUGGCAUCGACAACCAUGGACCAUGACAAGGCGGAGGUGCUGGGCACAGACGAGGAGGCCACUAGCGACUAUGAUGAGCAUGAUCUACUCGACUCUUCAUACAAUGCCGAUGUAGAGGAGGAGUACGACGAAGAGGAGGUGGAGGACUGCAGCUGCACCUCAAGCCACUCAGCCAGCAUUGAGGCCACGCCCAGACGCACUAAGUCGCCACAAAAGUCGCUGCUCUCGCUAAACUGCUGGCAAUCGAGCCAGCAUAGUGAUACGAGCAGCAGCGAAGAACUGGCCGCCGAGGACUCCGAUGCGGGCAUAUCAGAUUGCUGUCAGCUGCUAAGUGGCAGCAGUGAACGAAGUCAGAGGAAGCAAACGAGGCUGCCUUCUCGCCAGAGUAUUAGCCACAAGUCGAACGAUGACGAUGACGAUGACACGGAUACGGAGGAGUCGGAACUUUUAGACUGUGCCUGGUAUCAGCCGCGCAUUAGCGCCAAGGCCGCUCUGGAGCACCUCCAAGAGGCGACACCCGGCACCUUUCUGCUGCGCCGCAGCACGCCUCGAACCUUUGAGCUGUGCCUGCGCCUCGAGCGCAAAGUCAAGCAAUAUGCGGUGCAGAGCACACGCACCGACAUGUAUCGAUUGAAGGGCGCCAAGAAGCAGUUUAGCACGCUGAAGGCGCUAAUUACACAUCAUUCGGUAAUGGCCGAGCAGCUGCCACUGACCCUCGACAUGCCGCGGGAGAAACAUGUGGUCAAGUGCUCAGCCGUGCGUUAUGCCGACGAUUUCGAGCCCCUCGAAUCGUUACAACUGCUGGGCAUACUCAAAAGUUUACAAGCCAAGAACUUUGAGGUGUAGAUGGGCGACUGAAGGAUAUACAAAUUGUUAUGGGGGAGGGGAUCAUUUAAAGUAGAGCUUCGGAUUUAACUUUGGGGUAUGCGUUUAUGCCAACUGCAAAGGGAACGAUAGGUGAAAUUAUGCUUAGUUUUUUAUUUUCGUACAGCUGCGUGUGAAUGCUUUGUGAUAUAGCGUAUAUGCA